AUGCAGUAUGGGAGCAACGACAUUGUGUCUAUUGUUGCCUUUUGUGAGAAGUAUAAGGUUCCGGAAAUGGUAAGGAAAGACUGGGGAAUAUAUACUCCUGGAUCAAACAUGAACCUACAGCAACUUGAUGCCCUUAGUUUCCAGACCUUAAAACGUGAAAUCGAGGAACAGAACUCAAAGUUAAGAUCCAAAAAGAGAAGACGAACCGAAGUGGAAGAAACAUAUAAAUAUUUCAAAAGACCCGACCUAUAUCCUCCAGUUGAAGGUGAUUUGGAAACGGAUACCUUAAUUCCCGAUAUUUUAUUGACUAGUGAGGGCAGCACCCACAACCCUAUUUUUUGUGGCCAACAGGAUGAAGAAGAAGAAGAAGAAGUAAAUAUAAGAGAUAUAUUAUUAUCAGGUUCCGAGGAGGAUACUUAUAUGGAGCCUUCCCACUUUCAGGCAACUUUAAUUAAUACGUCUUCUAGAAAUUAUACAAAAGCAAGGGGGACCGAUGAUUCUAAUAUGAAUUUGUUUACUUCUUGUAACAACAUACAUAGAAAAUUAUCGAUUCAAGACGGUCAAGAAAACUUCUCCAAGUUUAUAAUCUCUCUUUCAUCAUCCUCUCCAACUCCACCGGACCUUAACUGGUAA